GAAAAAGGUAACCCUUUUCAUUAGUUAGGGCAAUCUAACGAGGAGGUCAUUCGAAGCGGAGGGCUCGAGCUUUCUCGGCUCCUUUCACGUUUUGGCCUCAAUCUCAGAUUCUGAGAAACUAGCUCCUCCAUUGAUAGAAGCAAGUUGAUCCUGCCUAUAGCAUAAAAUGAGAUUAGAGAAAUGUUGGUUCUGUUCGUCCACUAUUUAUCCCGGGCAUGGUAUUCAGUUUGUACGCAAUGAUGCAAAGAUUUUUAGGUUUUGUAGAUCCAAAUGUCACAAGAACUUUAAGAUGAAGCGGAAUCCUCGCAAAGUAAAAUGGACAAAAGCAUACAGGCGGUUGCAUGGAAAGGAUAUGACACAGGAUUCAACCUUCGAGUUUGAGAGGAAACGAAACAGGCCAGAGAGAUAUGACAGGAACAUCACAGAGAACACGUUGAAGGCCAUUAAGAAGAUCGAUAAAGUUAGAGUAGAUAGGGAAGCCAGACAUCAUGCAUUGAGGAUGAAGGGAAAGAAAGCCAAGGAGCAGAGGGAAGCAGCAAAGGAGUUGGAGCAGAGCAUCCACAUGGUCAAGGCUCCUGCUGCGCUUCAACAGGAACCAUCUCUUACUCUUCCGAAGAUCAAAGUCAGUGUUUCCCAUCAACAGGGAGAGAAGAAUCACCCUAUGGAAGAGUGACUGUAAUGACAUUUGAAUUGGUUGAGCUCCCCAUCAAAGAUUGUUUGCAAGGCUGUUAUUUUUAUUGGGUCAGCGGUUGUUUUGGGUUUUCAAGUAUUACCUGUAGAACCAAGUGUUUUUCAAUUUCCCGACAAUGGAUUAGAUAGUUAUAAUUUGAGUUUUCAAGUAUUGCCUGUAGAACCAAACUUUUUAAAUUUCUCUACAAUGGAUUAGAUAGUUCUAAUUAUUAA